AUUGAGGAGUUGCGAUGCAGUUCAUGAAGAUGGGCACAAAUUUGGUUCAUGUUUGUCCUGUAGCAAGUUCCACUCUUUUAAUUCAUGUAAAUUUCGUAAUUCUAAGUGCUUUAAAUGUGGUGAUAUUGGGCAUAUUCAGUCAUUUUGUAAUACUACUGUUCAUCUUGCUGCAACUAAUAUUAAGUCUUGUAAUUCUGAUUCUAUUUAGUCCAAUGUUCCUAAUGAUCAUUUAUUCUUAUCAACGAUUUCAAAAUACAGUGUAGAGUCAUAUAGCAGUUCAGAGUUAAGUGAAACUCAGAAUUCUUGCGAGACAACAGUUUCUAAUCAAUCGACUUAUCAGAUUUCUCAUGUUAUUAUACCAGAUAUGUUUUUUCCUAAUGAUACACUUAUUUCUGACGAAAUUCCUUGCAAAUCUGAGGAAAAUAUGUUGAAUGAACCUAGUCAUGAUCGAAAACCUGAUGUAGUUUUGAUAGAUGCUGAUUUUUCUAAUAAUCCUUUACUCUGCAAUGACAUUCUUAAUAAAUUCAAGGAAACUGUUUCAGAAGAGUCAAAUCUUGAAGUCAUACCAAAUAUUAUUUGUCCUCAUAAUGCACUUGUUUCUUGUGGGAAACUUGUUCAAUGCGAAGCACAAUUACUAAAUGGGCUCGAUUUUGAGUACAAUGCGAAUGAUUUCAUAUCAACUGCUGUUUAUCCUUAUUACAAAAACACUUCUAAUGUUUACUCUAACCAAUGUGAGAAAUCUGUUUUAAAUGAAGCCACAUCAUUCAUAUCUUGGGGAUGUAAAGAUCCAACAUUAUUUCGUGGAGGAGGACAGUCUAGGUCUAUGGUUCAAAUUCUAGGUAGCAGCGGUUUCAGUACAUAACCGGCAUGCUGAUUGCACAAUCCUAGGAAGCAGAUGAUACAGAGUCUUUAUCCAAUACAAUAUCGGACAGACACAGGAUGAAAUUAAGAAGAAGACGUACAAUCGAUUACAGACACUUGGACUUCAAAUUGAGCUGUGGCGGAUGUGGUG